AUGGCUAUUCGAUCCCCAUUUUUAGCAGAAACCGCAAUUCUCAUCGUACUACUCUCAACACUCGGAUCAACCGAUGCUCUCAGAAGUUUCGCAGGAAGUCCGAAGGCGAUUUCUGAUCUACGGGAUGCGACCGUUAAGGCAUUAGGACUUCAAGCCAACGACUUGAAGAUUUCUGGUUUCGAUCUCAGCGAUGCGUUGGUUGGGCAUUCUGUAGCUUACGAGUUUGAUAUUGAGAUAGACAAGAAGGUUCUUCCUUUUAAGCUUCUCGAGGACGUCAAUCGAUGGGAGUACGUGGAUUUGCCCAUCUUUCGUACCGAAGAAGGAUCUACGGUAUCUGGUGACCGUAGCAGCUUGGUCGAGAGUCGGCGGAAAUCGGACGAUCCUGUGUCGCCGGUUCUCGCUCCCUUUCAGCUUUCCGGACCCAUGGAAAUCUGGAUUCAGGACGCCAAAGAUAUGAGGCUUUCCUUGCCGCAUGAUGUCGAUGCCGGCGUGUUGAAGAAGGUGGUCUUAGCAGAUGGCGCAGUGGUGUCAGUUAAGGGCGCCAGGUCCGUAAGCUUGCGCCACCCUCUCGACCUCCCACUUCCACUGAACCAAUCUCAGGGGAAUUUCGCGUCUGGUCUGCUAACCCUUGCCGAUCAUCUCCGCCACACCUCGCGCACGCAGGAGGCACAGCCUCUGUCACUCCGCAUAGUGGGGCCGACAUCCCUCACCUCAUCGCCCUUUUCUUCUGAUAGCAAGCUGAAGCUCAAGCGUCUGGCCCCGGGCCUGGUGGAGCUGUCCUCACCGUCGAGAACCAAAGGGAUCGAAGCCAUCUCCACCGUCGACGGAGGAGAAGCAGGCGAGCCAACAACACUCCUCACACCCGAUCGAUUCACCACAAUGUGGCCUCUGGCGUCCAUCAAUGGGUCGAAUCCCAACCUGCAAGGAUUUGAGGCGCUGCUUCUCUCUGUACUGGGUGAGAAAGCUAACGAGAAAGGAUCGUUCAGGUUGUUGAAGGCGGAGGUUUCUGCCCAGACUUUUGUAAAGUUUGGCUUUGGGGUAGAGAAGGGUCUGAAGGAAGGCGGAGAAGAAGUUAACUGGGAAGCUUUCCCUGAAUGGCGAACGAGGCCAGAGUCAGUGAAGAUGCACUUUGAGGUGUUGGCUAAGGUGGAUGGGGAGAAGGUUGUGCCUGAGAGGGUGGUGCCAGUUAAACCCGUUGAAUUCGAAGAUUCCAUUGCUACUCACGUGCUUGGAGGGAACGUCACCAUGUCCAGGGUUCCUGUCGCUCAUCUUCCUCCUGAUCCCUUCACAUUAUGAAUGCGUAUCUAUUGAGGUUCAGAGAAGUGUAAAGAUAAGUCAAACAUUCUUCCUUAAAUCUUUUGGUGGUUGGUGCAAUUGCCAACUUCUAAUCGCUAAUUUAUGGAUGUAUAGCAAGACAGAAAGAAGUUCUAUCCAAUACAAUUGUAGAAUAGAAAGGUCACUGAGUUGUAAUGUGGGAAAUUUAUUGAAAUCCUACCCUAAUUUCACUUGCAAGUUGCAAUGUGUAUUUACCCCUGUGCAAACUACCCUUCAUUUUGUAUGUAUGGUUAUUACC